CUGAUCAAUGAAACCACGAGUUUGAAAAUUUCCGGAAUGCUUAGGAAGUAUCUCUGGCACUUUCUCCUCACAUGAUGUUUGGACUUUAAAGUUUAAAGUAGUCUCUUCACUUGGAAAUACAGAAUUCACUUGAGUGAGCUCUAUGCAGGAAAAAUGGAGCAGAAGCAGAACAUAGAUCAAUUCAAAGGCCAAACAAGAUUACCCAGUUUUGCAAUUCCAAAAAGAUAUGAACUUCAUUUAAUACCUGAUCUCACUGCAUGUACUUUUUCUGGCACAGUGCAAAUUAGCCUUUCAAUCAAUGAAAACACCAAGUUCAUUGUCUUAAACGCACUGGAACUAUUUGUCCUCAAUGUUUCGUUCACCAACACUCAUGGUCAGCAUACACCAUGUGAUGUUCUUUUGGAGGGUGAAGAUGAGAUACUAGUCCUGGAGUUUGAUGAAUCACUGAGUGUUGGAGAAGGAGUCUUAGAGAUUGAGUUUUCUGGGAUCCUCAAUGAACACUUGUGUGGAUUGUAUAGAUGCACUUACGUUGACGGAGGAGUGAAGAAAAACAUGGCAGUUACCCAGUUUGAGGCAGUAGAUGCAAGGAGAUGUUUUCCAUGCUGGGAUGAACCUGCUCUGAAGGCAACUUUCAAGGUAACUCUUACUGUGCCAUCAGAGUUAGCUGCAUUGUCAAAUAUGCCAGUUGAAAAUGAAAAUAUUGAUGGGGAAUUAAAGACUGUUUAUUUUGAGGAAUCUCCUCUCAUGUCAACUUAUUUGGUUGCUGCUGUUGUUGGCUUAUUCGACCAUAUCGAGGAUACAAGUACUGCUGGCAUAAAGGUUCGUGUAUAUUGUGCUGUUGGGAAGAGUGAUCAGGGGAAGCUUGCAUUGGAUAUAGCUAUGAAGGGACUAGAAACAUAUACCAAGUACUUCUCAGUGCCUUAUCCGCUGCCGAAGCUGGAUCUAGUCGCAGUUCCUGAAUUUUCUGGUGGAGCCAUGGAGAAUUAUGGUUUGAUCAUAUACCGAGAAAAUGAACUGCUUUAUCAUGAGUUGCACUCUCCAGCUGCUAGGAAGCAAAGGCUAACAAUCGUCACAGCUCAUGAAGUAGCUCACCAAUGGUUUGGCAAUUUGGUAACUAUGGAAUGGUGGACUCAUUUAUGGCUCAAUGAAGGUUUUGCAACAUGGGUAAGUUAUAUGGCCACCAACAUCUUAUUUCCAGAGUGGAAUAUUUGGACUGAGUUUCUUCUAGAAGUAGCUAAUGGUUUAAGAAUGGAUGCACUGGAAAAAUCACAUCCAAUUGAGGUAGAAAUCCACCAUGCACGCUCAGUUAUUGAAGUUUUUGAUGCAGUCAGCUAUCAAAAGGGAUCCACUGUAAUUAGAAUGUUGCAGGGUUAUCUUGGAGAUGCUAUAUUUCAGAAAUCAUUAAGCACAUACGUAGGAAGAUAUCAAGCCCAAAAUGCAAAGACAGAAGAUCUAUGGAAUGUUCUUUCAGAGGUAUCUGGUGAGCCAGUUGACUUAAUGAUGGACACUUGGACAAAGAAGACAGGAUAUCCAGUUAUUCAUGUUGAAUUAAUAGAUUCUAUUUUGGAAUUCAAACAGUCGCGAUUCCUUUUAUCUGGCCUGCAUGUUGAUGGAGAAUGGAUUGUCCCCAUAACCUUGUGUGUUGGUUCAUAUGAAAGACAGAAAAAAUUUCUGUUGGAGACAAGACAUCGAAGGGUGGACUUAUCUGAACUGGUUCAAUCUAUUGGUGAUGAUUUAAAUUCAAAUAAAAAUAAGCACGAGGAGGAUAGUCAAGAAAAUCUGUGGAUCAAAGUCAAUGUUGAUCAGAGUGGUUUUUAUCGGGUAAACUACGAAGACAAGCUGACAUUUCGACUGAGGAAAGCCAUACAAAACAAUUGCUUGCUUAAAACUGAUAAAUUUGGCAUUUUGGAUGAUGGAAAUGCUCUUUGCCAGGCUUGUGAACAGUCACUGUCAUCUUUGCUUCUUUUGAUGGAUGUUUAUAGGAAAGAGCCUGAUUAUGUAGUAGUAUCUAAACUGAUUGAUGUUUGUUAUGAUGUUCUUAAAAUCUCCGUUGAUGCCAUUCCAGAUUCAGUAAAUGAGUUGAAGCAAUAUUUUAUCAGCCUUCUCAUGUUUUCUGCAGAACAGUUAGGUUGGGAUUCUAUAUCAGGAGAAAACCAUUCUGUUUCACUGUUGAGGGGAAAAGUUUUGCAGGCCUUGGCUACCUUUGAUCAUGAUAUAACUCAGCGAGAAGCAUUACGCCGCUUUCAAAUUUUGUUGGAUGAUAGAAAUACUUCUCUGCUUUCAUCCAACACCAGAAGGGCUGCUUAUGUAGCUGUGAUGAGGAAUUCUACAACUGAAAGUAGGACUGGGUUGGAGUCACUAUUGAGUUGCUAUAGGAGUACUGAUGUAUUGCAAGAAAGGGAAAUGAUAUUGCGUUGUAUAGCUUCAAGUGCAGACCCAAAUUUAGUUCUGGAGGCUCUGAAUCUUUUGUUGUCUGAUGAGAUUCGGGAUCAAGAUAUUGUUUAUGUACUAGCGGGAAUAAGUAUAGAAGGCAGUGGAACUGCACUGAGAUGGUUGAAGGAUAACUGGGAAAGAAUUUUGGCCAAAUAUGGUGCUGGACUCUUGCUCACCAAUUUCAUAAGCCAAAUAGUUCCACUGACCAACAGCAACGAGGAAGCAAAUGGAAUAGAAGCAUUUUUUGCCAGUCACGCGAACCCUUCCAUCAUCAUGAACUUGAACUUAAGCAUUGAGCAGAUCCGUAUCAAAGCAAGGUGGAUUCAGAGUGUAAGGCUAGAGCUCUCUCUUCCAGACUUAAUCAAACAAUUAGCUCAGAGGAAAUGAUAGCUUUCACAUCAGUCUCCUCUUAAGCAAAUAACACAAAAUAGUUUCAAGUAAGCUGUCUGUAUUGCCCUAGCAGACUAGUUGUAUCAGACAAUAAAAUGUGCCUUGCUAUUCUAUAUCUCUUAAAGUUUGUAUCACCCUUAUAUGUGUGAACUUUAAACUUUUUAUUUGGUUACAUAACUUUAAACUAAGUACUCAUAUACUUGUUAUAUUUGUGAAAUGCCACUUCGAUUCACUGGA